UGCAUCACCGCUCUUAAAAGGUUCCCGAGGCCACUCCUCACACAGCUGCAGACCAGCCUGACGCUUGCCUCCCUGUCUGCCUCUGCUUGCCUUGAAUGCCUGGUUCUUUAAGCUCUUGGGGAGUCUGACAAGGCCGGGACCAUGUCUACAUUUGGCUACAGAAGGGGACUUAGUAAAUAUGAAUCCAUCGAUGAGGAUGAACUUCUGGCCUCCCUCUCAGCUGAAGAGCUGAAGGAGCUUGAGAGGGAGCUGGAAGACAUUGAACCUGACCGAAACCUUCCCGUGGGGUUAAGGCAAAAGAGUCUGACAGAGAAAACCCCAACAGGAAACUUCAGCCGAGAGGCACUGAUGGCGUAUUGGGAAAAGGAGUCCCAAAAACUUUUGGAGAAGGAACGGCUGGGGGAAUGUGGAAAGGUUGCAGAAGAAGACAAGGAAGAGAGUGAGGAGGAACUAAUCUUCACAGAGAGCAACAGCGAAGUCUCCGAGGAGGUGUGUACAGAAGAGGAGGAGGAGUCUCAAGAGGAAGAGGACGAGGAAGAAGAGGACAGUGAGGAAGAGCAAGUAACAACGGGAGCCACAGAACAUAUCAAUGGAACUGUAAGCUACAAUAGUGUUAAUUCUGAUAACUGUAAGCCAAAGACAUUUAAAAGCCAAAUAGAAAAUAUAAAUUUAACCAACGGCAACAGUGGAGGAACACAGAGGAACACAGAGUCGCCAGCCGCCAUUCACCCUUGUGGAAAUCCCACUGUUAUCGAGGAUGCUCUGGAAAAGAUUAGAAACAAUGACCCUGACACAACAGAAGUUAAUCUGAACAAUAUCGAGAACAUCACCACCCAGACCUUAUCCCGAUUUGCUGAAGCUCUCAAGGAGAACACAGUAGUGAAGACAUUCAGUCUGGCCAACACGCACGCUGAUGACGCCGCGGCCAUUGCCAUUGCAGACAUGCUCAAGGUUAACGAGCACAUUACCAGCGUAAACGUGGAGUCCAACUUCAUCACUGGCAAGGGGAUCCUGGCCAUCAUGAGAGCCCUGCAGCACAACACAGUGCUCACGGAGCUGCGCUUCCACAACCAGAGGCACAUCAUGGGCUCCCAGGUGGAGAUGGAGAUUGUCAAGCUGCUCAAGGAGAAUACCACACUGCUGAGGCUGGGCUACCAUUUUGAGCUCCCAGGACCAAGAAUGAGUAUGACGAGUCUUUUAACAAGGAAUAUGGAUAAACAGAGGCAAAAACGCAUGCAAGAACAAAAACAGCAAGAGGGGCAUGAUGGAGGAGCUACUCUUAGGACCAAAGUCUGGCAAAGAGGGACGCCUGGCUCUUCUCCGUAUGCAUCUCCGAGGCAGUCUCCCUGGUCAUCCCCCAAAGUCUCCAAGAAAGUCCACACUGGGAGGAACAGACCUCCAUCUCCUGUGGCUCCGCCUCCCCCUCCUCCCCCUCCUCCUCUUCCUCCCCACAUGCUGCCUCCUCCCCCUCCUCCCCCUGCUCCUCCACUCCCAGAGAAAAAGCUCAUCACCAGAAACAUUGCAGAAGUCAUUAAACAACAGGAAAGUGCCCAGCGGGCCCUACAAAAUGGACAGCGAAAGAAAAAAGGGAAAAAGGUUAAGAAACAACCAAACAAUAUCCUAAAGGAAAUUAAGAAUUCCCUGAGGUCAGUGCAAGAGAAGAAAAUGGAAGACAGCUCCCGACCUUCCACCCCACAGAGAUCAGCUCAUGAGAACCUCAUGGAAGCCAUUCGGGGGAGUAGUAUAAGACAGCUACGGAGGGUGGAAGUUCCCGAAGCUCUGAGAUAGACCGAUCUGUAGAAGAGGACCCGGAACUGUUUAGUGGUGUGACUCAAGGUGCAUUGUGAGCUGUUUCCAAAUGCCUUCUUUAAUUUGAAAUAUUUCCCAACUUCAAAGAUAGUGUCACUAUGGAAUUCCAAAGGGAAUUUUAAGAAGCAAUGAGCAUGUUUCUUCUGUAAAUAUGAAAAUAAACUUCUUUUUUAUGUCCUAAGAUUCAUAUGGGCAGCAAGCCUUAGAAGAUCUCUUUGCAUCUCUGGUAUCUCAGUCACUGAGAGAUCAAAUCACUUAAAGAAAUGUGCUAAUUAUUUUUGUAAUCCCAAUAACCUUAGAUUAAAGUUCUUUUUUCCUUUUUUUUUUUAAAGAGAAACUAAUAUUUUUCUGUGAGUUAGUAUAUCUGCUGGGUAUGUGUAAUAUUGCUAAAUAUUAAAAUCAUUACGUUCUCACACCAAAA